GAUGGGCAGCGCGGGGCGCGGGGGCCCGAGGCGGGGCGCUGCCCGGCCGCCUUUCCGGGCCCGCGGCUUCCUCCGGGCCGCCCCGCCCCGGCCCGCGCCCGCGCCCCAGCUGGCCGGGCAGCGCGUCCCCGCGUGCCCGCGUCCCGGAGCCGGCGCGCGCGGCAGGGUGGACGCCCACCCCCGGAGACCUGGAUUGUCGGCGCCGGGAGGAAGGAUGCAGCGUGGCCCCCUCCAGGACGGCUGCCCCGCAAGGAUGGCCCUGGCCGCCACUCUGGGGGCUCUGUGGUUCUGCCUCACAGGCGCAGUGCACGUCCAGGUCCCUGAAGACCCCGUGGUGGCCCUCGUGGGCACCGAUGCCACCCUGCUCUGCUCCUUCUCCCCCGAGCCCGGCUUCAGCCUGGACCAGCUCAGCCUCACCUGGCAGCUGACGGACACCAAGCAGCUGGUGCACAGCUUUGCUGAGGGCCGGGACCAGGGCAGCGCCUAUGCCAACCGCACGACGCUCUUCCCAGACCUGCUGGCCCAGGGCAACGCGUCCCUGAGGCUGCAGCGCGUGCGGGUGGCCGACGAGGGCAGCUUCACCUGUUUCGUGAGCAUCGGCGACGUUGGUAGCGCGGCUGUCAACCUGCUGGUGGCAGCGCCCUACUCCAAGCCCAGCAUGAGCCUGGAGCCCAGCAAGGAGCUGCGUCCGGGGAACACGGUGACCAUCACAUGCACCAGCUCGCGCGGCUACCCCGAGGCCGAGGUGCUGUGGCAGGACGGGCGCGGCGUGGCGCUGAGCGGCAACGUGAGCACGUCGCAGACGGCGGACACACAGGGCCUGUUCGAGGUGCGCAGCAAGCUGAGCGUGGUGCUGGGUGCUGGCAGCGGCCCCUACAGCUGCCGCGUGCGCAACCCGGUGCUGCGGCAGGACGCGCUUGGCUCCAUCACCGUCACGCCCCCCAGGGGCCCCCCAGGCGCAGUGGACGUUCAGGUCCCUGAAGACCCCGUGGUGGCCCUCGUGGGCACCGAUGCCACCCUGCUCUGCUCCUUCUCCCCCGAGCCCGGCUUCAGCCUGGACCAGCUCAGCCUCAUCUGGCAGCUGACGGACACCAAGCAGCUGGUGCACAGCUUUGCUGAGGGCCGGGACCAGGGCAGCUCCUAUGCCAACCGCACGGCGCUCUUCCCAGACCUGCUGGCCCAGGGCAACGCAUCCCUGAGGCUGCAACGUGUGCGGGUGGCCGAUGAGGGCAGCUUCACCUGUUUCGUGAGCGUCCGGGAUUUCGGCAGCGCGGCUGUCAGCCUGCUGGUGGCAGCGCCCUACUCCAAGCCCAGCAUGAGCCUGGAGCCCAGCAAGGAGCUGCGUCCGGGGAUCACAGUGAACAUCACUUGCACCAGCUCGCACGGCUACCCCGAGGCCGAGGUGCUAUGGCAGGACGAGCGCGGCGUGGCGCUGAGCGGCAGCGUGAGCACGUCGCAGACGGCGGACACACAGGGCCUGUUCGAGGUGCGCAGCGAGCUGAGUGUGGUGCUGGGUGCCGGCGGCACCUACAGCUGCCGCGUGCGCAACCCGGUACUGGGGCAAGACGCGCUUGGCUCCAUCACCGUCACAGGGCAGCCCAUGACGUUCCCCCCCGAGGCGCUGUGGGUGACCGUGGGCCUCUCGGUCUGCCUCGUGCUGCUGCUGGUGGCCCUGGCCUUCGUGUGCUGGAGGAAGAUCAAGCAGAGCUGUGAGGAGGAGAACGCAGGGGCAGAGGACCCCGAUGGGGAUGGAGGAUCCAAGACAGCCCUCCGGCCUCUGAAGCACAAGGAAAGCAAAGAAGAUGAAGGACAAGAAUUAGCCUGACCGCUGGGCGGGGAGCUGCUGUCCAACCCGGGGCGUCCACCUCUCUCUGCACUGGGGCCUCUGUGACGCUCUGGGCCUCGGGCUGCCCCGGCGCCCGUAGAUGGGCCCACGCCGGCAGGUCUGCUCACUCUCCAGGAGAUGCCAUAUGCAGACUGCCCCGCAGCCUUAUUUCUCCAGAGUCAAUCAUCCGCUGCCUUAGUUCUCGUGGAUCAAUUCAGACCACCCGCUGCCUGGUUUCUCCAAUGGACACAUUUUACAUGGACCUCUGGCUCCAAAGACACGACCCCCUGCAACCACCCCCUUCUUCCCUCUGUUUCUGUGGGCCCUGGCGAGCUCGAGGUCAGGAAGAGGCCGGUAACCCCCUCCUGAGACACGGCUCCUGUGGGCCCCUGGGCGGGGGGCCCUCCCCAGGCACAAAGCCCUGCGGGUGUGUGCGGGAACUUGCACGGCGCUUCCAGCCUAACCCAGUCUCUCCCAGGGUGCUCUGACUGUGCCCAGUGAGCCCUGCCUCGACACAGCCCUCCCCGGGGAAGUGCGUGCUGGUUCAUGCUGCUCCCCGGGCUCUUCUGCCCUCUUCCUGUCCACUCACAUGCGAUUCACGCAGCAGCCUGGUGGUGGCAGCAUUGGGUUAUGUGCUGGCCCCCCACUCUAUCCGCCACCAGUCCACCGGGAGCCCCUGGGAACUGAACCUCCUGCUGUGGCCUGCUGCCCCCACCGGUGCCUCCCCCUCUGUGCCCACCCAGCCCCCGGACACCUGACUCUUUCCCUUACACGGAGCCGAGGGCCUAGGGCAGAAACACACCAAGAGGGGGGCGCCUCACCCAGCCUCUGACGUUCUGGCCAUCCUCAAAGUUCCCCUGGGGCGCCACAGGCCUGAGGCCAGACCCUGGAGAAUCUGGUCUGGAGCCUGGGGAUGGGACUGAGGGCACACCCCCCCCCAACCGCCCCACGAUGGUGCUAUUCUGGGGCACGCACCCCCGUGCCUCCCUCUAAUCAUCUCACCUGGGUCUCCCCGCGCCCGGGGUCUAGGAGAUGUGGGACUGUCUAAUUUAAGUGUGGGACUCUAGGACUUUGGUUAAAGGGGGAAAUCUGGGGGAAA